AUAUAUAUUAAUGUAAUAAUUAACAUUUAAUGUUUAUUUAAUGUAAUUUCCUGUACAAAUGUAUGAAGAAGGAUUUGUGCAUGAUGAAUUUAUGAUUAUGUUCACUUAGGAAUGAAUUAUGAUUAUGCUAACUAAACUCUCUGUCCAGUUCAUCUCAGUCCAUAAGAGUGAAAGAGUUAAUGUGAAAAUAAGUUUGACAUGAUCGCACACCUACAUAUUUUUAAGUUCAACAGGUUUUCUUACAAAGAAACAGAUAACAUCAUAUGACUCAACUGCUAAAUAAGGGUCCCUUUGUCUCUUGUAAAUGUAUAAAUGUUUAAUUUAUAAUUGUAAAUUUACUUACUAUAAGUGACUUAUAAGUGAGAAAAAGAAGUUACUUAGAAGUGAAAACACACAGGGUGAUGGAAAUGUAAAUGUCAAACAUAAAUCACUUCAUGUGAACAGUGAGAGGUGGAGCAUGUCUUAGAUAACCUUGAUACAGGAUCUAAAAUGGACUUCAAUGGAACUGGUUGAACCAGAAAUUCAACAGUCCUGGAAAGUACCUGCCAACACACACAUGGCAUAGCUGUCCUGCAGCUUCAAAUUCAACACAUUGUGUAAAGCAAUGUGUGGCUGACUAGUCUCUCUGAGGUGAAAGAGGCUGACGAGGCUACACCUACACCAGGUAAUAGAGUGGAGCAUGACGGGCAGAUGGACAGAAAGAUGAGUCUCACUGAAGAGAGAGCACAGGGAGACACUGAUCUCAGCAACAAUGUCAUCAUAUGCCCAGCCGAGAACAUCAAUAAGGCUAAAGCACAGCCAACUGAACUGACAGAGACUUCCUGCUUUGGUCAGAGAUCAGUCUCCCCAGUGCCAAGUCUUUUAUCAAUGAAGAGCAGUGACUCCAUGAUGCAGCCUAUCAAUAUGGAUGGAGGGACUGGCCAUUCUGAUCACAGAUCAGUCUCCCCAGUCCCAAGUCUUUUAUCAAUGAAGAGCAGUGACUCCAUGAUGCAGCCUAUCAAUGUGGAUGGAGGGACUGGCCAUGCUGAUCACAGAUCAGUCUCCCCAGUGCCAAGUCUUUUAUCAAUGAAAAGCAGUGACUCCAUGAUGCAGCCUAUCAAUCUGGAUGGAGGGACUGGCCAUGAUCACAGAUCAGUCUCCCCAGUCCCAAGUCUUUUAUCAUUGAAGAGCAGUGACUUCAUGAUGCAGCCUAUCAAUGUGGAUGGAGGGACUGGCCAUUCUAAUCACAGGCAACGUUUCGACCCUGCUGGGUCUUCUUCAGGCAAAUGGUGGACUCAUUUGAUGAAGGGAUGUAGGCCUUACAAUCAGCUGACCUACCAUGUGAUGUCAACUGGUAUGAUUGGGUCUAAGAGCCCCACUAAUCACUCAAUUAAGAGAACACUUUCAUACAGGUCUAGAUCACCUUCACCCUCACACACAGUUCAGCCAGAUAACAACUUGUAUUCUGGUCCCAUCAGACCAGAGGACAAUAUCCUGGAAAGAGUGAAGAUGAGCCAUAAAGCCACAAUGAAAAAGAGGUUUGAGCAUGUUUGUGAGGGAAACAUUAAACCAGGAAAUGAAACUCCUUUAAACACGAUAUUUACACCCCUCUAUAUCACUGAGGGAUGGACUGAAAGCGUGAAAGCACAUGAAGCUCGACAAAUUGAAACAUCAAGAAGACAAACACAAGACAACGCAAUCAACUAUAAUGAUAUCUUUAAAACAUUGCUUGAAGAGCAAGUGUGUAUCAGAGCAGUGCUAACCAAAGGGGUUGCUGGCAUUGGAAAAACAGUGUUUGUGCAGAAAUUCAUUCUUGAUUGGGCAGAGGACAAGGCAAAUUGUGAUAUAGAUUUUAUAUUUGUGCUCCCUUUCCGGGAAAUGAACUUAAUCUCAAAUGAACAGUACUGUUUUCAUCAACUUCUGGUUGACUUCCACCCUGCCUUGAAACAGCUAACAGAUAACAAAAUGUAUGAGGAGUGCAUUCUGGUUGUAAUUUUUGAUGGGCUGGAUGAAAGCAGAAUUACAUUGAACUUUACCAGUGAUCAAGCCCUGAAACUCCAUGAUGUUUCACAGAUAUCCUCAGUUGGCGAUCUGAUAGCAAACCUGAUCCAGGGGAAUCUUCUCCCAUCAGCUCACAUAUGGAUCACAUCAAGACCAGCAGCAGCUGGACAGAUCCCUGGUCAGUUCAUCAGUCGUAUGACUGAGGUGCGUGGAUUUACUGACCCACAGAAAGAUGAGUACUUUCGAAAGAAAAUAAGUGAUCAGACUCAGGCCAACCAAAUCAUCUCACACAUUAAGACAUCAAGAAGCCUUCACUUUAUGUGCCACAUACCAGUUGUCAGUUGGAUCUCUUCCAUUGUGCUUCAAGAAGUCUUCCAAAACAACAGGGAACAAAUACCCCAAACUCUUACUGAGAUAUUCACCCAUUUCUUAAUCAUUCAGAUGAACAUGAAAAGCCAGAAAUUUGGGGAAAUGGAAGACGGUGCUCCUAGUAGCAAAGUUCUUGAGGCAAACAAAGAUAUAAUUUUGAAGUUAGCAGAACUAGCAUUCACACAACUGGAGAAAGGAAAUCUGCUGUUCUAUGAAGAGGACCUUGAGGAAUGUGGCAUCAAUAUCACUGAGGCCUCAGUGUACAGUGGUUUGUGUACAGAACUUUUCAGGGAAGAAUUUGUGUUCACGCAAAAAAAGGUCUUCUGUUUUGUUCACCUCUCGAUUCAGGAGUUUCUUGCUGCUCUUUAUGCAUUUUACUCCUAUGUGAACAGAAACUUCAAAGCUCUGAAGUCUCUCCUCACUGGUUGGGAGAGACAGCACUUCCUGGAAACGCUGCUGAAGGAUGCUGUGGACAAGUCCUUGGAGAGUGAAGAUGGACACUGGGACCUGUUUGUGCGGUUUCUUUUGGGGCUCUCACUGGAGUCAAACCAGAGGCUCCUACAGGGCCUGCUAACACAAACAGUGAGCAGCUCAGAGAGCAUUGAGCAAACCAUCAAAUAUACCAAAGAAAUUAUCCGCUACAAAGACAUCAAGGAACGGUGCAUGAAUCUCUUGCUUUGCUUGCUUGAAAUGAAUGACAAUUCCUUGCACACAGAGAUUCAAGAGUACCUGGAGUCUGGAAAAGAACUCUUUUCUUCUCACUGCUCAGUACUGGCCUAUACGAUCCUUGUCUCAAAAGAUGUACUCGAUGAACUUGACCUUCAGAAGUACAACACCACAAGUGAAGGUCGUCAAAUACUUUUAGGAGCUGUUGCAGGCUGCAGAAGGGCUCGACUGGUCGGGUGUCAACUCACUGUGAAAAGCUUUGAGACUGUAACACAGGCCCUUGAGUCCGAAAUCUCACAACUGAAAGAACUGGAUCUAAGUUACAACAACCUACAGAUUGUUACCACUGAAGCCCUCUCCCUUCGACUGCAAAAUUCUCAAUGCAAAGUGGAAACACUGAGGCUUGUUUGCUGUGAACUGAAAGAGGACUUUGGUGAAUUCAUAAGCUCCGUUUUCCAGUGGCCACACUCACAUCUAAAAGAGCUUGACCUGACAAACAAUGAUCUUUGUGACACAGGACUAGAAUUUCUUUCAAAUGGGUUAAGAUCUGCAAAUUGUAAAAUGGAGACUUUAAGGCUUUCUGGCUGUCUCAUUACAGAGAAGGGUUGCACAUUCUUAUCCACAGCUUUGGUUUCAAACCACUCCCACCUUAAAGAGCUGGAUCUAAGCUACAAUCACCUUGGAGACUCAGGGAUCAAGCUACUUUCAUCUCAGGACAUAGGCUUUAAACUGGAGAAUCUCAAUGUUGACCAUGAUGGAAAGAAGUUCCUGAAACCUGGUCUAGAGAAAUAUGCUUGUGAGCUCACCAUGGACCCAAACACAGCCCACCACAAGCUUGGGCUUUCUAAAGGAGACACCAAGGCUACGAAUCUUAGAAAGAACUCUCAUUCGGAUCACCCAGAUCGAUUUGAAGUUAUUGAGCAAGUGCUGUGCAGAGAGGGUCUGACAGGACGCGCUUACUGGGAAGUGGAAUGGGCUCGUGAGGGAGCGGCUAUUGCAGUAGCAUACAGAGACAUAAGCAGGAAAGGGGCACAUGACAGCCAAUUUGGGUCUAACAACAAGUCCUGGAGUCUCAGAAGUCAGUUUUGGGGCCAUUGCCUUGCCCAGCACAAUAAUAAGACCAUACAAGUGCCAGUGCCCAACCCGAGACAACACAGAGUGGGGGUGUAUCUGGACUGGCAGGCUGGAACUCUUUCAUUCUAUCAAGUGUGUGCAAGGGACACAAGAAUCCAUCUGUACACCUUUUCUGCCAAGUUCACUGAGCCCCUUUAUCCAGGGUUCUGGGUUGACCAUGACUCCGCUGUGUCUCUGUGUCAGAUUGACUAGCUCCCAUAUCUACACAUUCACUUCCGCAGUUUUGGGAGAUGUGAACUUUGUGAAGUCCUAGAUAAAACUACCCAGCAUUGUUUUAUGGAUGUACUGUAUAUCAAUGAUACCAAUGUU